ACUGCGUACCUUUCCAGAUCAGUCGUUUCCAGAUUGGGAAUUAAAGUUGUGAUAUUUUUGUUGUUUCGAUUGUUCGAUUCAUCAAUCUAUUUUGGCAUAUCGCAUUGGGUGGAGAGAGAGAGAGAGACUCGUCCGAGUAGUGGGCUUUUAGCGCCCUGUGGCUAAUCCAAAUCCAUGAUCAUCAUCUGUAUUCCAUGGAUCCUUCUUCAGUGCACGCCACUCCUUCCCUCCAAGAAGAAGAUGAUGAGUGGGACACUGAUGGAUUUGUGAUUCCAAGCUUGGGUAUUGGAGAUCCUGAUUCUAGUAAAAGCGAUGCUCCAGAACUAGACUCCAAACCUUCCUCCCCUAAGGCUAAAAAGGAAGAGAAAAUAUACCUGGGACCCCACGGAGCUCCUCCACAAUCAAAACAACAGGAGACAAACUCUUCCUCUGGCCGUAAGCAGCGGUUCAAGCAAAAACUAAAGGAAGCAGAUCGGAGAGUCAGCGGGACUGGCCGGGAGAAUAGGUUGGAGAAUCUGCAUGAGCUUGUUGGUGGUGGUGGUGGAAAAGUACCCAACAAUAUGUCAAAGGGUUCCCCCAGGGAUUGGCUAGAUCCACACUGCCACGAGUCUCAUUUUGAGAGGCGGUAUCCUCAGUAAUUGUGGUGAGUUCAGUCCGAUAGCUUGAGAUAAUUUUCUGUGAGAGCUUGGUUCCGGGUACUUGACUGUGACCAUAUAUAUAUAUAUAUAGUUAUGCAUUUUGAGAAUAAUCUUGUGUUAAGACUUGGACCUAUUGAAGAAGCUAGUAUUGCAGAUGUUAUAUUUAUGAAUUUAAAAGUUGUUUGCUUUUC